AUGACACCAUCAGGAGACACGCACAUCCACGAUCACCUUCUAUACCUCUCUCAGCCCGGUCAAAUUUUCAAGAUUUACAAUUUCCUUAAUACGUGUACACCGGUCUGCCUCGGUGGAAUAUCUAGUCAGAUCUUCACCGAUACCUGCCUUGAACAAAAGCAGGCGCAAGAGCUUUUGAUGAAAAUAGGGCUGGAUAAGAAUCUACCAAAAAGAAUUUGGGUUGCCCUGGAUGAAGGCUCCGAGAUUUUCAUGGUGGCCGAGAAGAACCUCUAUUAUAAAAUCGAACUUGUAGAGGAACAGCUUCCACGUGAUGUGCAGUGGGAGUAUAAUGAGGAUCUGGAAGUGAUUCUCAUUGAUAGCCUGGACGAGAAGUACCGAAAGCAAGGUGGAUGGGUGAAUGGACCUCCCGUCAGAGGCGAACGACCAUUGAUCUUAAUUCCAUAUCUUGGAGAAAAUUUCGACGAUGCGAUAUUCUUGAAUUAUGAUCCUUCAGUACAGGACGCUCGGAAUUAG